GAUAAUACUAUUAAAAUAAAAUAAUUGUGUAUCUACAUUAUCAAUACAAUUUUGUGUUGCGAUGGCAAACGAAACGUCCAUCACGGACAUCGCUUUGAAUUCAUCAUGCUGUGACAACGGAACAAUCGGAGAAGGAAUUUAUGGAAUAAAUAAAGAUGAAACUAAUACCAAGACUUUCAAUGUCACUGAUAUGUCUGAUCCAAUGCAACCUGUGAGAAUUGUGAUUGCAACAAUUUACAUAGCCGUGUUUAUUUUUGGUGUCGCGGGAAAUGGAAUCAUAUUGUACACGCUAAUGAAGGUUGUGAAAAAUCGUUCUGUGACGGAUCUUUAUAUUCUUGGAUUGGCAAUCAGUGACUUUCUGUUUGUUGCGAUGCUGCCAAUUACAGCAACGGACAUGCUGAUGGGAAAUCAAUGGAUAUUUGGGGGAGUAGUCUGCAAAUUAUUUGUCAGUGUCAACUAUCUUGCUUUGUGUGCUGGAGUUUUGAUUGUGACUGCGAUGAGCGUGGACAGAUUUCAGAAUGUGGUGUUUGCGAUUAAAAUGAUGGGCGUUCGGACAACAAAAAGAGCAAAUAUUAUAAUAAUAGUGGUUUGGUCAUUCUCCGUCCUGUAUAUGGUUCCAGCAACAAUCACAGCACGUGUUUCGGAAGUUAUAAACGGAAGCAACGUAAUGGCAUGUUCUCUGAAGUAUGAAGAUCUGUCUGAAACCUUGACAGCUGAGAAGAUCGCUACCAUUCACACAGUGUUUCGAUUCUUCGUUGUGUUUCUCGUACCGUCAAUUAUCAUGGUCUUUUGCAAUGCCACAAUUGUUCAUUUUCUCAGAAAGAGAAGAGAAAAGAAACAAAAGAAAAAAGCAACAACAUCAGAUAAAGAUCACAAAGCACAAGCACAUAAACGAGAGCAAGAUAGAAUAACAAGAUUGAUCCUGAUUGUUACGUCUGUGUUUUUGGUCUGCUUCUUUCCCAAUUUAAUUCUGAACACCGUAUGGGUUCUCAGUUUGAUGACUCCAGGUUUAAUAAAUCAAAGCAACAGUCAGAUAUUUUCUUGUAUUUCGAUGGUGGAGUGUAUGCUUAUUGUACAUCAAUUCUGCACUGAAUCCUUUACUAUAUGCGUUUUCAGGUAGCGGUUUCAGACAAAGAAUCAAAGAAGCUUUGAUCGGAAAGAAUUCAACUCGAGGCAAAUAUCCUACAGUCGUUAUACCAAAAUCACCUCAGACGGCUACAACUAGACUCCACACCCCCAUGCUGCCUCGUCAACCGAUUACGGCGGAUGCAUUACCAUCAAUAGUUAAAGCAAAUCACAUCAACGGCGAAAAAUACGCGGUGUCUACUUUUGUUUGUAAGAAAGAACACGAAGACAAUAUCAAUGCAGAAAACCACGCCACCGAUAAAAAUACUGAAUCACCAAAAAAAGUUGUCACUGAGCGUGGCUGCUGUGCCAAGAUUUCGACGGGAGAAGACAGGCCUAUUGUCAGCAUCAUCUCAUGUUGCACAUGAUGCCCGCGACCCGUUAUUGUCCGCGAGGUGCAUACAGCGAACGACAAUGACAGCGGUAUUAUAGCCGCUUAUGAAUACGAAGAGAAUGACAUCACAAAAUAGUUCAUAGUGAUUCAACUUCAGACAAGUACAGCGUCAUUCAACAGUUUUAAAACUCAGCAGGGUUUUCCGAAAUCAAGUGGAAUUGGACAUAAAUCAGAUAUAUUCAUUGAAAUGACAUUUCUGCUUAAAUUUCAAAUGUUAAUUUCAAUGCGAUUGGGGCUGCUGUGAGGCAACACUGUGGAAUCGCGGGAAAAAGGACUAUAGGCGGAAGUGUCUUUGAAACAACAAGAUCACACAGUGAGCCUAACUUUGCGACAAAUCAGUACAAUGAGUUUCAUUUACUUUUCCUAUCUUAUCAACUGUAUAAACAGGUUUAUAUUGAAAUAAAAACACAUGCACAAGCGUGACGAA